UAUUAGAGGUAGUAUGGUGUUAUUCGUUUGGUGAAAACAAUCCUCUGAUUUUCAAACAGCCAAGAAAGCAUUACUGAUCAAGAAUAUUUCGGUAUGUUAAGCUUACAUUUACGAAUGUAAUCGUUUUCGAUAUGGUUAUCCUCAAUGAGCGAUCUUAACAAAUUUUAGUUUAAUAAUUUGCAUCUUUCGCAACUUGACUUCCGGGAUUUCUCAGGAACUGAAAUAAGCCUUCUGUUAAAAUAUCGCUUUGUGAAAAUCAGAGGAUCUUUUUCCUCCUUCUGUCUUUAUUUUAAUUGAAGUGAUGUUUAUUUGGGCUCAGUUUGCGCAUAACUGUCAACUGGUGUUACGGAAAUUUUCCUACUUCAUAAAAUUGUUACCUUAGGCAUCAUAACAGACCUUUAAUUGAGUGGCUAUUUGGCUCUGUAGCUACUCUUUGCAAGGUAAUAUGUCUCUUUCCCGAAGCAUUUUCACUGAUUCGGAAAGGCUGGUAACAUUCUUGAUGGGGCAUAAAGAAAAUGCUGUUGCAGGAUGCUUCGUUUUGUCUUGUUUCUCAAGUUCAAGGGUUUCCAUUUUCAUUUUCUGUCGAGAUCUAUAUUUGUAAACCUGACGCUGAAUGAUUGCGUAAAUCAAGUUUUCAAAGCCACAAAAUGGAUGGGGACAAAGUUAUCUCUGAGAGAGAAAGGGCACUUCUAGAAAGGAUUGCUCGGUUGGAGAAGAAACUGGAAGGAUGUCAGUCCCAGAUAGAUAUUAUUGAUGAUCAACGUCAGCAACUGGAAGAAAGGGCAAUCAAAAUGGAGUCUGCGUUGCUAACAACAACCAAAGAACUUUCAAAUGCGAGAAAACAACUGAGGGAGAAAGACAUGUCAAGUAGUCAUCUUGCAGAGAAACUUGAGUCCAUGACACAGCAGAUAGAGGAGUACAAGAGCCUUCUUUUCGAAGAAAGGGAAAAAACUAAACACAGUAUGGAAAGAUUGGAAACGGUCCUGUCCAGAGUCGAGGCUGAGAUGACUUCGCGGAAAGAGUUUCAAGGCUUCCUAAACGAGAUGCUUGUUGCUGUUAAGGAGGAGUUACACACUCCGCUACAGAUUGUCUUCAACAAACUGACGAGAUUAGAAAAUACACUUCACGAGUCGCCCCAAGAAAUGACCCAUUAUAGGUGUCAAGCUGGGCCCAGUUUUAAAAAGGUUCCAUAUUCGCCGGAUCCAGGAUGCAGGGUCCUUCAAUCAGAAGCAGCAAACACUGCUCAGGACGUAAUGAAGGAGCCUUCUCAAGCUUCAUCCAAUUUCCAAUCACCCGGUGGCUCGGCACUGGCUAGCUCGAAACUUUUCACCAUUGGACGCGCAGAUCCAAAUGAAGAAAAAGAAGAUGAAAUUAACUUGUCUCCAAGCAAGAGAUCUCCCAGUAAGCAAGGAAAUACCUUCCUGCAAAAGCCUGAUUCCUCUACAUCAUACACUGAAGAUGUUCAUUUUGAGCCACUCAUACCCCUCCCUGAACGAGUUGAAGUACAGACUGGAGAGGAAGAUGAAGAGGUCAUGUUCAGUAGCAGAGCCAAGCUGUAUCGCUAUGACAAAGAUUUUGGAUCUGGAGCCUCAUCCUCCGGCGGGAGCUUUACGUAUGGCUUCGGUGUAUCAAGUCAAGAGGGUGAUACGAAACCAGUUUUCACUUUUGGUAGUUCGAACCAAACAUCGAGUCCAAGCUCGGGAUUUUCAGUCACCUUUGGUUCCUCAAAGCAAGGAGAGCCUGGGAGUGAGCAGCAUACAGAGGACUCCAAUAACAGUCUCUCCUUAUCAAAUGAACAAAGGCCUGAUGAAGAAGCUGAUGACUCCAAAGAUGACCACAAACACCAAGAAAUUUCGAAAAACCAAACAUCAGCCAACCUGACCAAAGAAGAGGGAAAAAAUGAAGAUGCCGGGAAAGACAUCAUGACGAAGUUUAAACCUGCCGAAGGAUCCUGGGAGUGUGAGAUCUGUAUGGUGAACAACAACAGUGAUAAGGUCGAAUGUGCAGCUUGUGGAAGUGUAAAGCCAGGAGCAGAAGUCAUUAAAGAACAAAGGCAAUAUUCAAAAUCACUUUUUCCAUUUGGGUUUGGCGCCUCGUCAUCUGGGGGAGUCUUCUCAUUCGGCUCUAGUGGAAGCGCUCAAGGCGAUCCAAAACCAGUUUUCACUUUUGGCAGCCAGAACCAGACUUCCAUUCCAAGCUCUGAAGUUCCAUUUAGGUUUGGCGCCUUAGGUCAAGGAGGAAAGUUGGGUGAACUGCAAACCAACAAAGAUCCUAAAGCUAGUUCCUUGAUUGACUCAGCAAGCAAUAAAGGAACUGAUGAGAACAAAGAUGAUCUAAAGCAGAUUAUUAAAGAAGGGGUAGAUGUCAAAGAAGAAGCUCGAGUGGAUAAAAGCAGCACAGAAGAGAAUACAUCGAGCCUAGAAAGUGACAAGGACUCUGCCCUUGCCCUGCAAGACACAAAAGAAACUUUGCCAAACGAGGAGCUAAAGUUUCUGUUUGGUUCUCCCAACGUAUCCUCAUUGUCAUUCCAGUCAAUAGCCAAUUCGUCUCUGACUAACAGUCCGUUUGGGCAGAAACCAAAAUCCGGUAAUUCUGCUUCUGGGUUUUCGGGAUCAGGCACCAAACUAUUCACAUCCCCAUCUUCGGCAGACCGUUAUGAGUCGACAACGGAAGAGGACCACGAGGGUCCACACUUUGAGCCGAUAAUCCCUCUACCUGAAAAGAUCGAUGUUAAGACAGGGGAAGAGGAUGAAGAAGUGAUGUUCUCACACAGGGCAAAGCUAUAUCGUUUUGUGGCAGAGGACAAACAGUGGAAAGAGCGAGGAGUUGGGGAUAUAAAACUUUUGAAAAAUAGGCAGAGUGGAAAGCUAAGAGUUCUGAUGCGGCGGGAUAAAGUGCUGAAAGUUUGCGCCAAUCAUCAGAUAACCACCGAAAUGAAACUACAGCCUAAUGCAGGUUCAAAUAGAUCGUGGGUGUGGAGCACAAUGGCAGACUUUUCAGAGGGGGAAUGUAGAGCUGAGCAACUUGCCGUGAGAUUUAAAUCAGAAGAGACAGCCAAGCAGUUCAAGGAGAAGUUUGAGGAAUGUCAGAAAAUGCUCAAGAACCCAACAGCAGUGAAACUACAAGUAAAACCUAAAAGCAUAGAUUGGAAGGAAGAUCCUAUGUCCAAGUUUAAACCUGCUGAAGGAUCGUGGGAAUGUACUGUCUGUAUGGUGAUCAACGACAGUGAUAAAGUAGAGUGUAUUGCUUGUGGAAGUAUUAAACCAGGAGCAGAACCAAGUCAAGGCCAAAAGAAGGAGGUCAAACCGUCGUUUUUAUUUGGAUCUGGAGCCUCAUCCUCCGGCGAGGACUUAACGUCUGGCUUCGGUGUAUCAGUUCAAGAGGGCGAUAAUAAACCAGUAUACACUUUUGGUAGUUCGAAUCAAACACCGAGUCCAAGCACAGGAUUUUCAUUCACCUUUUGUUCCUCUAAUCAAAGGCGAAAUUUGAGCGAAUAUCACACCAACAAAAACUCUUAAGCUGAUUCGUUACUUGAGUCGGCACGUGAUGGAAGGAGCUGAUGAUACCAGAGAUGAUCAGACCCAGACUGUCGGUUCCAAUAGGCAAACUCCCGAUCCAAGCCAGAAGUCAAAAGGAUACUUAAAUUCAGAUCUGGAGCUACUGGAGGCUCUUGUGGAACAAGUGUAGGUGACAAAGAAGUUUCCACUUUUUGCAACUCUAAGUAGUACUUUCCAAAAGGUCUGGAAAGGAGCAGACUGACAGCAAUUUUUAUAAAAAUAACGACACAUUUGAAACUAAAUUUAUAAGACAUGUUUCGGUCGUUCAACGACCAUCUUCAGUUGAGAGUAGAACUGAUUUGAAGUUACAUUUGAGUUUAUAAUGUACAGUAAAAACCCGGAAGUCAGAACCUAAAAAUUAAGAACCUGUUGGCCUAAAAUUUGCCAUUUACACCCCCUAUAAACAAGAACCUAU